AUGCGGACUUCUCGGAGAGUCGGAGGAGGACAAGACGCGGGCUUGGCGCAGCCACCACCUCUCGCCCUACCCGGGAAGGAGCAGCAAGUGUCCGGCGUGGGGAUUCUGUUGCAGAUCUCCAUGCUCGUGCUCGGCGCCUCGGCCACGAACUGUGUUACCACCACUUCUACUAAUUCGCCGAGGCCAACGCCCCGCUCCUCAUCGGCACAGCAGGUGUUUUGUGGCUCCAAUAGACUGCUCCCUGAUGGUUUGCCUCGACCUCCUUCGGUCCUUCCUGUUGUGGUGCUGCUCAUGCCUCCACAACUUCUCGUUGUCUCCACUGGUCGCUGGAGGAGGGUACAUGAGGGUGAGGGCAGUGAGCCACUGCUCGCUGUGCGUGCCAUGGCCGAGAUAUGCGAGAGGGCACUGCGGUGGGAUGCAUGGUUCACACUGCAUGAGGCCAUUCAGGCACUUCAUGAUAGGCUAUUUGCCAUCGACUACAUGGAGCAAAGGUUGGAGCACUUCGAACUGCAACCAUACCAAUCCGUUAAUGCGAGUAUUGUUGAACGUAAUUGA